UUUAAUUACAACAGUGAUCGAACUGCAAACUCACAUCUGAAACGUACACGGUGCUGUUCACGUCGUUCGAUUCACAAAUAGCAGAACUAAUCAAAAUAAACGAUAAUGGACAACGUCAAGAACAAGACUGCUUUGAUAACCGGAGGAGCAUCAGGAAUCGGUUACGACGUCGCAACGAAAUUGUUGCAAGGUGGAGCUAAAGUAGUUGCUGUGCUCGAUCUCAGCACUUCUCCGGGACCAACUUCGGUAGCUAACUUGGAGAAGCAGUUCGGAAAAGGCAGUGCACUCUUCUUCCCUUGCGAUGUCUCCAACACCAAACAAUUUGAAGAGACGUUCAAAAAAGUUUGGAACCAAUUAAAUGGAGUGGAUAUCAUGAUUAACAAUGCUGGGAUAUUGAAUGACAAGGAGUGGCAGCGAACCGUGAACGUGAAUGUCACUGGUCUGAUCCAAGGAUCGUUGCUCGCCAUGGAAUACAUGGGCAAACACAAAGGUGGCAAGGGCGGCACCAUAUUGAAUUAUGCAUCGAUCGUUGCUUUGGAAAUCUAUUCUCCAUUCCCGGUAUAUUGCGCCAGCAAACAUGACGUGAUGGCUUUCAGUCGCAGUCUACAAGGACUCUACCAUAACACCGGAGUACGAGUACUCGUAAUAUGUCCUGGAAUCACUGAUACUCCUUUGGUCAGCAACCUUCAGAACAAACUGUUCGACUUCGUGACAGCUGAGGAUCUUCAGAAUCGCAUCAAAAACCUUCCUACACAACCGGUAGAAAACGUAGCACGUGCAAUAGUAACUCUCAUCCAAAAAGGUGAGAAUGGUUCAAUCUGGAUCAGCGAGGGCAAUCAACCACCUCGUGGCGUCGUGUUCCCUCCUGUUCAAUAUGUCGACCUUAAUUUUGAAUCUCCAGCUUCUACAUCAAGUUACGCCAAUGGUAACAGGUCAAAGAUGAUGACACAAGAACAAGAGGUUUCUGUGGUAUCAGUCCGAGAAGCAAAGCUGCAACCAGUGACCACCACGACGUUCAUGUCAACUUCUACUGAUAGUCAAAUUAUAAGGAUGCAGAUUAAGGAUAAAAGAGCACUUGUGACAGGUGCUGCCAGUGGUUUGGGUCUUACCAUCUGCAGAGAGCUGCUUCGAAAUGGCGCCGCUAUUAUCGCUAUGAUAGAUAUCCAGGAAUCCUCUGGUAAAGAAGCGAUGGAGGCGUUGAAUGCAGAAUUCGGGAAACAACGUGCUGUCUUUUUUCAAUGUGAUGUCGCUAACAAUUCUGAAUUCGAUGAUACGUUCAAGAAAGUGAUCACCAUGCUCGGUGGUUUGGAGAUUCUUGUCAACAACGCUAGCGUGAUUGAUGAGGGUAAUUUCGCGAAAGUCAUCGACGUAAACGUGACCGCAGUGAUACGAGGAACGCUUCUGGGAAUACAACAAAUGCAAAAAGAUUCUGGUGGCAAAGGGGGUGUUAUCGUUAACAUUUCGUCUGUGGCUGGUCUGCAUUUCUUAUCACAGCUUCCAGUAUAUUCUGCAUCAAAACAUGCCGUGGUUAGCUUUAGCCGUUCAUUUGCGCAACCUUACCAUUACCAAAGGACAGGUGUAAGAAUAAUAGUGAUGUGCCCCGACCUCUCGCAACCCUUAAACGCAGAGAAUUUAUCAAGCACCCUCCCCCAGGAUGAAAUCAUACAAAGAUACUACAGAAGAGUGGAUAGCAUCGCACACGGAUUGAUUUACGUGAUCAGGUGCGCACAAAAUGGAAGCGUUUGGAUUAGCGAGGACGGGAAACCGGUUUACGAAAUCCAAUUGCCCGACAGUCUGCCUCAGAAACCCGAUGAUCCUUUGUUGAAAACUGACGAGAACGAGAUUAAGAUAAAGUAAAUCCGAAAGCCUGUCAAUAGAAUUUUAGUAUUAGCACGAUUAUUCGUUAUACUGAAUCGACAUAAUCUGUCGGAAUCUGUUGGAACUGUUAGAAUCAAUGAGAUUGAUGUUCGUAGAUUUUUAUAUUUAAUCAUAUAAGCCAAUUGAUAAAUAAAAUUUAUUUUUAUUGUUUGUUA